UGUCUGCGAGAUGCCCUCUAGUGUGUGUUGCAUUUCUGCUGUCUGCUUUUCCCUUUGUGCAGAAAGCAAGGCCUCCUCGUUUCUUUGCUCUGCAAUGGCUUGAGGGAGCUUCACGAAAGAGGCAGAAAGAGGAUAACCGGAGAACAGAUUACUCCCGGAGUCGAAUUUUCUGGUGGUGAAGUGUUCCAUUACUGUGACUACUGCAUGGACAAGAAACGUCUCCUUCCCUGAAAAUACCACAGGAACAUGUGACCUGAUGCAAGGGACAAAUACGUCUCCAACAACACAAGCCAGCGACCAUCAGCGCUGGAUGCUCUGGGGUUUGUCCGAGUGGUGAUCGUUCUGGUUGAUGGUCGGGCCGGCACCUCACCCACGCUCGCCCAUGCUCGGCCGCGCUCGCCCACCCAUGGACUGCCUCACGGACGGGCAUGAGAGCCAGUCGCCAACGCGCCGCCGAUCCUGGGACGUCUGAGCACCUUUGCGCUCCCGGUUCUUACGGCCACCGAUGGUUUGCGAUGGUGACAUGAAACCCAAGCAAGGUCAAGAGCGGAGAUCGCCAUUUCCGUCGGAAGAUAAGCUGUCGGGCUGAAACCCAAGGGAAGGGCGUUGCAUUCCGUUGCGUGCGUGGGUAAAGCAUGAAUUUGUUGAGCCGUUUCCACCGGGUCUUUCGACAGCUCACUCUGCAAGGAGUUCUCCUGCUUCUCUUUGCCUUCUGUAUGGCCACGGUGUUUAUCUCGGGCUACUUCCUGUACGUGGGCACCAGGCAGGAGACGGAGCCCUCCAGCGACCUCCAGGUCUCGGACUGUGACAAUUCCAGGGUCACCCCUUCCAGGCUGCUCCCCACCAAAGCCGCCAAGCGGGUCGACUCUUCCCGCACGGACCCCGUGGUGCUGGUCUUCGUCGAGAGCAUGUACACUCAACUGGGCCAGGAAAUCGUGGCCAUUCUGGAGUCCAGCCGCUUUAGGUACCACACUGAGAUCGCCCCCGGAAAGGGGGACAUGCCCACCUUGACAGAUGGGGACAGGGGUCGCUUCAUCCUUAUUGUGUAUGAAAAUAUAUUAAAGUACGUGAAUUUAGACGCUUGGAACCGAGAACUAUUGGACAAGUAUUGCAUCGAGUACAGCGUUGGCAUCAUUGGCUUCUUCAAGGCCAACGAGAAUAGUUUGCUGAGCGCCCAGCUCAAGGGUUUCCCACUCUAUCUCCAUUCCAACCUUGGCCUCAAGGACUGUAGCAUCAACCCAAGGUCUCCACUGCUCUACAUCACCAAAGCCAAGGAGAUGGAGAAGGGCUUCCUCCCAGGUGAUGACUGGACGGUCUUCCAGUCCAACCAUUCGACCUAUGAGCCGGUGUUGCUGGCCAAGACCAAGUCGGCGGAGAAGAUCCCCCACAUGGAGGUGGAUGCUGCCCUCCAUACCACGGCGGUCCAGGACCUGGGGCUCCAUGACGGCAUCCAGCGAGUCCUCUUCGGAAACAACAUGAACUUCUGGCUCCACAAGCUGGUCUUCGUAGACGCCGUCUCCUUCCUGACAGGCAAGCGAUUGUCCCUGUCCUUGGACAGGUACCUUCUGGUGGAUAUCGACGACAUCUUCGUCGGGAAGGAAGGCACCAGGAUGAAGGCGGAGGACGUGAAGGCGUUGCUCGAAGCCCAGAAUCAGUUCCGGGUUCAUGUUCCCAACUUCACUUUCAACCUGGGAUUCUCUGGAAAAUUCUACUACACCGGGACUGAUGAGGAGGACAAAGGGGACAAUCUGCUCCUGUCCAACAUGAAGGAGUUUUGGUGGUUCCCCCACAUGUGGAGCCACAUGCAACCUCACCUCUUCCACAACCAGUCAGUCCUCGUCGAGCAAAUGCUCCUCAACAAGCAGUUUGCAGUGGAGCAUGGAAUCCCCACGGACAUUGGCUACGCGGUAGCUCCCCACCAUUCUGGAGUCUACCCUGUACACAUGCAGCUGUAUGAAGCCUGGAAGCUGGUCUGGGGCAUGAAGGUGACAAGCACUGAGGAAUACCCGCACCUGAAGCCGGCACGCUUCCGACGGGGGUUCAAGCACCACGGCAUCAUGGUUCUGCCCCGUCAAACUUGCGGUCUUUUCACGCACACUAUAUUCUACAACGAGUACCCUGGAGGACCAAAGGAGCUGGACAAGAUCAUCAACGGUGGAGAGCUAUUCCUCACCAUCCUCCUCAAUCCCAUCAGCAUCUUCAUGACGCACCUGUCCAACUAUGGCAACGACCGGCUGGGACUGUACACCUUCAGGAAUCUGAUCAGCUUUGUGCAGUGCUGGACCAACCUGAAGCUACAGACCCUGCCUCCUGUGCAGUUGGCCCAGCGAUACUUCCAGCUCUUCCCCGAGGAGAAGGACCCUUUCUGGCAGGACCCAUGUGAAGAUAAAAGACACAAAGAUAUCUGGAGCAAAGAAAAAACAUGUGACAGACUGCCAAAGCUUCUUAUUAUUGGCCCUCAAAAGUCAGGUACUACGGCACUCUAUCUUUUCCUCACUAUGCAUCCGGACGUCACCAGUAACACUCCAAACGCUGACACAUUUGAAGAGCUGCAGUUUUUCAAUGGGCCGAACUACCACAAGGGUAUUGACUGGUACAUGGACUACUUUCCGAUUCCCUCCAACACCACCUCGGACUAUUUCUUUGAGAAGAGCGCAAACUACUUUGACUCUGAUGUGGCGCCGAAGCGGGCAGCGGCCCUGUUGCCCCUAGCUAAAAUCAUCAGCAUCCUGAUCAGCCCCGCUGACCGUGCCUACUCCUGGUACCAGCACCAACGAGCCCACGAUGACCCGGUGGCCCUGAGGUACAGUUUCCACGAGGUGAUCACUGCUGGACCCAACACCGCCCCGAGGCUGAGAGCUCUCCAGAACCGCUGCCUGAUUCCAGGCUGGUACGCGAUGCACAUCCAACGCUGGCUGAACUACUACCACACCAACCAGCAGAUCCUCGUCCUUGACGGGCAACUCCUCCGGACGGAACCAGCAACAACAAUGGAAAAGGUGCAGAAAUUCCUGGGACUUCAGAAUGUCGUUAAUUACCACAAGUUUUUGGUAUUUGACCCCAAGAAAGGUUUCUGGUGUCAGCUCUUGGAGAGCAAUAAAACAAAGUGCCUGGGCAAGAGCAAGGGUCGGAAGUACCCCGAGAUGGACAAUGAUUCCCAGGUCUUUCUGAGAGAGCAUUACAGAGACGCCAACAUUGAACUGUCUAAGCUCCUGUACAAACUGGGCCAGACUCUACCAACAUGGUUGAGGGAAGAACUCCAAAACAACAGGUAGUUACCAGAGCUGGCACGGUGCUUCCAACUCUGCCUCGAGGACAUCGAGCUGUGAUCCCACUCCAUCCAUCUUCAUCUUCCAAGGGCCAGGUCCCGACGUGUCUAACCGAGCCUCCAGAGACUUCUACAGAAACAUGGAGGGUGGGAUUCUGACCCUGGAGAUCCUGGCACCCACCAUUUCAGCACUGACUGGGUUCUCGUGAACAUCAUCAAACAUUUCCAUCUCGUGCUCCCUCAGGAGUGAAGUCUAGAUAUUGGUUCCUCAAGACAUUGAUGAAUCUCAUCCCCAUCCACUCCUGAGCUGCUGAGAUACACGAUAAUUGUUCAGUUAUGGUCUCCUCUUAAGGGACAGCUCAGUCUCUGACGUUGGAGAUCGCAAGAGUUCAACGCGAGGAGAUAUAUUUGCUUCUCCAACAUGGUCCAUGCUGCAAUUUCAACCAGGGAGGGCUCUUGUCUUCUUCUCUUUCCUCCCUCUCCUCCCAUCCCGAUCACUUCCAUCCCAUCCACCCACAUCCCAACCACCCCCAUCCCAAUUAUCCCAUCCCAACUAUCUCAUCCCAACCACCCCCAUCCCAA